UACAAACAAUGGCGACCUCAAGCACAGAGUCCGACUGCAUCCUCAAGUGGAAGAACAGGAAGCUGAUGGAGAAAGCUGGUGAAUUCAACAACCUCUGGGCAAGCGACAUCCAGGUGCGCAAUCAAAAAGUAGAGGCAACGCAAGCCAAGCACCAGGCCCUCGAGGAGAAACUGGACACGAUCAACAAGGAGAACGUGGAAUUACUCUCACAGCAGAAAAUCUACGAAGCUAAAAUAUUCCUGCUGACACAGAAGAGGAAUCUCCUGGAGAACCAAGUGAGUGACCUGAAGGCACUUGAGGUCAAGAUGAAGAAGAGGAUCAGCGAUCUGGAGGAGGUUGAGGGGAACUUGGAGCGGAGACUGGCAGUACAGGCCGAGCAGCACAAGGAAAACGUCAAGAAGACGGAGGACAAAAUCCAUAACAGUUUCCGCGAUAAAGAACGGGCACUGCAGGCGAAGACGGACGCGCAACGCAUCGAGAUGGAAAACAUGGAGAAACGCGUCCAGGACAUCAAAGAUGAAAACAGCACGCUGAAGCAGGAACUUAAACGUGCAGUGCAGCGGUACGAAAAGGAUCGUGAAGCGCACCGAAAAAUGACGGCCAAGAUCGAGUUUGACUACCAGGUGGACCUGAGGACGGCAAAGAUGAAGAACAAGGUGCUGACGGACCGAGUGGAGACCUUGUCGACGACCACAGAGGAAAAGGUCAAAGAGAACGAAGCCCUGAGAGAAAGGCUCAAAAGCAAGACCCUAGAAUUGGAGAAAAAGCGGGUGGAAAACGCCGACCUGCUGAUCCAGAUCGAGGCGUUGACGGAGAAGCUGCAGAGGGAGCAGAAGCGCACGGCCACGUUGAAUGAGCGCGUGACCCGCCUGGAGAAGGAGAUGGAGUCCAUGUGGAACAAGUACGAAAUCGAGCAGAAGGCUCACCUGUUCACCAAAAAACAUUCGGGUUUGGUACUGCGGAAGCACAACGACCUGUUGGACAGGAUCAAGUUCCUGGACCACCGGAUGAAGAGUCAACAGGCCAGCAUUCAGAAGCUGGAAUCUCAUGUAUCCGCCAAGUCUACCUUCAUCCGGAACAUCAGCCUGGACAUCGAGACGUCCAUGUCGCUGGUCAAUGACCCCAAGAAAUUCAUCAAGGAGAUCAUCCGCAUCAAAGCAAAACUGUUCGCCGACGACAAGGACUCGCAUUUGUCGCAAACGGCCGAGCUGGUGUUCCAAGCUGUGGAAUCGCAGAAGUCAAGGUUCGACCGCUACGACACAACCAUCCACAACCUUCGCAAGCAGCUCAAGCAGAAGGAGCUGCACAUGCUGCGGCACAUUGAGAAGAUCGAGAAGCCCCGAAGCGAGCUCAUCAAGAUAGUCAAUGAACAACGGCGGGAGCUGGCCAAACUCAAGAGCGAUAUGAACCAAGUAACUCACACGCUGCGGGAAGUCAACAGCUACCUGCCACAGAAGGUCCAGUUGUGGGUCAAGCACAGGAUCAGCGGGGCGGUCACAACUGUCACGCCAAUACACUAG